AUGUCUGCUAAGGAAGAUCAAACCGCAGUUCACUCUGAGCCCGUCGAGCUCGACCACGGUCCUACUCUACUUGAUGUUGCUCCCAAGCUUGAGAAGCCUUGGUUCAUGUACCCAAGACUUCUUCAACUUAACUUUCUUCUUUUAGGAAGUUUAUUAGCUCAAGUUACAUGUGGUUAUGAUGGAUCCAGUUUAAACGGUCUUCAAUCGGUCUCUUCUUGGAAUAAGUUCUUUAAUAACCCAGCUGGUUCCAAGUUGGGAACUAUCGUUAAUGGUAUGACUAUUGGUAGUUUGAUCAUGACUCCUUUCGUUACUUAUAUUGUUGAUUACCUUGGACGUCGUUGGUCCAACAUCAUUGGUUGUUUCAUUAUUGUUAUUGGUGCUCUUAUUCAAGGUUUGGCUAAGAAUGUUGGUAUGUUCAUGGGUGGUAGAAUCCUUCUUGGUGUUGGUGGUAUUAUUUCUCUUACUGCUUGUCCUCCUCUUAUUACCGAGUGUGGUUUCCCCUCUCAAAGACCAGUUCUUACUGCUCUUCUCAUGCCCUCUUGGCCCUUUGGUGCCUUGAUUGCCGCUUUGGUCACCUGGGCUCCUUACAUGUCUAUGCAAAACAACAACUGGGCUUGGAGAAUUCCUUCUUUGAUCCAGUUGGCUCUUCCUUGUGUCCAAAUCGUUCUUGCUUUUUUCGGUCCUGAGAGUCCUCGUUAUUUGAUUUCUAUUGGUCGUGAAUCUGAAGCCAGAGACUUCUUCAUCAAGUACCACGCUUUUGGCGAUGCCACUCACCCUAUUGUCGAGUACGAGAUGGCUGAGAUCACUGCUGCUAUCGAGGAAGAGAAAUUGAACAAGGUCGGUUCUUGGUUGACUUGGUUCAGUUCCAGAUCUUUCAUCCACAUCUUCUGUUUGUGUAUCAUCGUCCCCUCUUUCCAACAAUUGGCCGGUAACUCUGUCAUUUCGGUAAGUAUUUUUUUACCUCCUCCACAUGUGCUUGGGGGCACAUACCUUCCCCCCACUCUGCACAGAUAUGCAUACUGUACUGCAAUGCUUGCCCCGCUUGAUCUGUUUAACCGGAUCAAUUAUCGUGAUCUUUAUUUUUUUUUCGAAUGA